CUCUCUCUCUCUCUGCAGUCUGCCCCCACGAAACAAAGAAACCCAAGAUCACACUCUUCAACUCGCUCACUGACUCGCUCCAUUGUUGCUCUCUAAGAAGAACCAUUACAGCUUCUAGCAAUCAUACCCAGAACCUCUAUUCUCAAUCUCUUGCUUCUUCUUUCCAUAUCAUCGCCUUCUCUUCUUCUUCUUCUUCUUCUUCUGUGCUCACACCAAUGGAAAAGAAGCAGGGGUUCUUUGCUGCUCUCAAAGAAGAAGUAGUCCGUGGUCUCUCCCCUUCUCGCUCCCGCUCCCGCUCCAGCAGCCCCGCAAGAACCGGUUCCCCGAUAUCGGGUCUGCUCCGGAGAAAGAAGAACAAUAGUAGCAACAACAGCCAUUACAAUCCUUACGCCGCGCAGCCGGAGACUUUGGUAGCGAGAUCGGGAAGCUUGAGGCCUUUGAUCGGGGAGACUUUGACGCCGUUGAUUGAAGGUCCGGAUCCUGAUGGAGGUGAAGGGGAGCCGAAGCGGGUGGGUUCGGGUCUUGGGGAGUGGAUGAAAGGGCAGUUAUCAAGGACUCCAUCGGUUUCUAGUGUGGCAUAUAGGAAAUCUGAUCUAAGGUUGCUUCUUGGGGUUAUGGGUGCACCAUUGGCUCCGGUGCAUGUUAGCACCAUGGACCCUUUGCCUCACCUUAGCAUCAAAGACACACCCAUUGAAACUUCCUCUGCUCAGUACAUAUUGCAGCAGUACACAGCCGCCUCUGGUGGGCAGAAGCUGCAGAACUCUAUUAGAAAUGCAUAUGCAAUGGGAAAGCUUAAAAUGAUAGCUUCAGAAUUUGAAACUUCCACAAGGGUGGUGAAGAACCGGAAUGGUACUAAAGGUGCUGAGUCAGGUGGGUUUGUGCUCUGGCAGAUGAAUCCUGAUAUGUGGUAUGUUGAGCUUGCUGUUGGUGGUAGUAAGGUUCAUGCUGGCUGCAAUGGCAAACUUGUUUGGAGGCACACUCCAUGGCUUGGUGCUCAUACUGCAAAAGGCCCCGUUAGACCCUUGCGUCGUGCACUUCAGGGUCUUGAUCCAAAAAGCACAGCUAGUAUGUUUGCUGAUGCAAGGUGCAUAGGAGAGAAGAAGAUUAAUGGUGAAGAAUGUUUUAUACUAAAGCUGUGUGCUGAUCCUCAAACGCUCAAGGCUAGGAGUGAAGGCCCUGCAGAGAUCAUAAGACAUGUCUUGUUUGGCUACUUCAGUCAAAAGACUGGUCUCCUCGUCUACAUGGAGGAUUCACACCUGACCCGCAUCCAAUCUAAUGGUGGCGAUGCAGUUUACUGGGAAACAACUAUCAAUUCAUUCCUUGAUGAUUACAGACCUGUUGAAGGGAUCAUGAUUGCCCAUUCUGGUCGCACUAUAGUGACACUUUACAGAUUUGGUGAGGUUGCAAUGAGCCAUACGAAGACAAAGAUGGAGGAAGCUUGGACUAUUGAAGAGGUUGCAUUCAAUGUUCCAGGUCUUUCAGUAGACUGUUUCAUCCCCCCUGCAGACCUAAGAUCAAGUUCCAUUGGUGAAACUUGUGAGCUACCUCAUGAUGAAAAAGGAAAGAGUGCAAUGGCAUUAGCAGCGCAUCGGGCAAAAGUUGCAGCACUAGAGAAACAACAUGAUAGCAGCACUGACAAUGUGAUAUGGAAGAUGGAGGUCUAACUAAGGGUAGGAUUGAAUUAGGAAAAUUGUUUAUACUGUCAGCCAGUUUAAAUUAGCUAACCAUUAGAAGUUGCAACUUGCAAGUAGGAGAUGAAGUCAAUUUUUUUGGACUUAGUAUAUGCCUCUGUUAAUCUGUAAAUAGAGCAUAAUCAUUCACAGGUCAGAUUAGGCCUGAAUGAAUAUUUAUACUCUUAAUACAGAAUCCAACAAGGGAGUUGGAGCUUGGUUUUCCGAUUAGGGAUAGAGCAAAUGGAGGUCAAUUUUUAGUUUACCUUUCCAUGUCUGUAGGAAGGGGGUUACGCUCUAACACAGCAGAACCAUUAACCUUUAUAUAGUUCCAUUGCUUUUGCUUGAAUGCAUACAGGCAUACAGGCAUACAGCAGUGGCAGCAAGAAGGGAAGCUGCUACUGGCCAACAUAAGUUUAACGCUGAUGUCUAGUUUGUUCGUUUUCCUAUGUGUGAGUUUCAUACUCUUUUUAUGUGGUUGCUUAAUUGAUGUAAAAGUUGUUUAUGGGUUUUGAAGGAGCGCAGAUGAGAUGUCUACUAGAUUUUUAGCUGCAUUUACAAAGUUACACAUUUCAGCUACAAUAUGUAUCUAGUUAUUUGUUAGCAUUUGAGCAGUGCUGCUGGAAAAGGAAUGUAAACAGAAAAUUUGUUUAUCAACUAUUGAAUCCUUAGGAUGAA